AUGGUCACCGUCAUCGACGAAUGGGCCAAGCAACAUGGACCUCUCGUUCACAUACGGCUCUUCGGAAAAUCGGUCAUCAUCAUCAGCUCUUCUCGGAUCGCACAGGAUCUCAUGGAAAAUCGCGCACAAAAUUAUUCAGGGAGACCUGACUUUAUUAUGGCGUCCAAGGCGAUGCAAGGCGGCAUGAUGAUGCCUUUCAUCCAUGCGAAUGAACGCUUCCGCCGGGUUCGCAAGCUAGUCACUACGGAGUUACGACCCGCAGCUGUAUCAGAAUACUUCCAUCCGAUUCAGACCGCUGAGGUCCACCGGCUAGUCCAGUGCAUCACCCAAUCGCCUGAGCGUUGGUCCGAAUACUUGUCGCGGGCAGUAGGAUCAAUUCUGAUGACGGCAGUGUACGACAAACCGUUGAGAAGCGGUCAAGAUACAGAGGGCGCAAUCAAGAAUGUGAUCAAGCUCAAUGAUGAUCUGAUUAAUGCUAUUGAUGGGGGCCAGAACUACGUCGAUUUCCUGCCGUUCUUGCAAUACAUCCCGAACGUGCCGUACAAAGCCCUCGCAUCAAAGUAUUACAAUCUCGCAGAAACGACGUACAGAGGUCUCAUGGAAGACGCAAGACGCAAUCUCCAAGCGGGUCUGCCCGCCAGAGGCAUCGCAGCGCGGCUCCUGCAGUACCAGCACGAGACAGAGGCCGACUACCGGGAACAGUACUGGGCUCUCGGCUCCUUCUACCUCGCAGGCUCAGACACACAGUCAAUCAUGGCGCACAGCUUGAUCAUGGCACUCGCGCUGCACCCCCGUGUGCUCGCGCGCGCGCAGGCGGAGGUCGACGCCGUCGUCGGCGAUGAAAGGUGCCCCACGUUCGAGGACGAGACGCGGCUGCCGUACCUGCGUGCGACUAUCUGCGAGGUGCUACGUUGGCGCCCGAGCGGGCCGACCGCGAUUCCGCAUGCGGUGAUCGAUGACGACGAGUAUGGCGGCUACUUCAUUCCGGGCGGGUCAAUGGUCAUACCGAAUAUCUGGUCAAUGCAUAUGGACGAGCGCGUAUUCAAGGACCCUGCGAUGUUCGAGCCUGAGCGCUACCUCAACAACCCCAGCCUGCCCCUACAUGCAUUCGGAUUCGGUCGGAGGAGCUGUCCUGGGCGGCGCGUCGGGGAGCAUACCCUGUUCCUGAUGCUCGCGACCAUCGUGUGGGCCCUGGACGUCCGCCCAAAGCUUGACUCAAGCACAGGGCGGCCGAUUCCGAUCAACUCGGAUAGGGAGACAGGCUUUGCGUCUGUCGGUUUACUGCGAGCGCGUCCUUUCGCUGUCGCACUUACGCCACGUUCCGAAGAGCGCAGUCGCCUGUUGGCGCAGAUAGUGGAAGAUGGGGGCUUAUAA